AUGCGGAUUGUUUACUGGAAUCAAUAUGAUCGAACGUGUCGCCGGAGAGCAAUCAAACGAGUAUAUAGAUGUCACUAUGGCAAGAUUGAAUGUUGUCAAAAGAUGCGUAGUUCCAAUCGAGAUGAAAACGAUUCGGAUGCUUUCCGAAAAGGACUCGGAUUCACGGACGAGACAUUACCAAUUAUUUCUUGUAAAGAAGUUGUUCACAAGGAUCCAAUCCAUUCAGUAAAUGCAAGCGUUCAAACUAAGUUUGAAGUGAAAUUAGAAGAAGUUGAAUGUCAAAGUGUAAAACGUAAAGAACGCGAAGUUCAAGUUGAUCUUGGAGAGAAAUCAGCCAAUGACGAGAUUCAAAUUGAUAUGGGACGAUUUAAUAAAUUUCUUGGACGUGUUGAACCACUUGUUCAACACUAUUUGGAUGAGAAUGCUGAUCGUCCAAAUAUCUUACGACAGAUUAAAUUGCGACACUUUGGUGAUGACAGUGCUCAAGAAUUGUUUACAUUAACCUAUCCCGAAGUUCUUGUUGACAAAGAAAUUCAAAUUACUAGUUUAUCAUGGUCAGCCAAUGGCUCAUCGGUAUUUGUUGGUUAUGGCAGCACAUCUCAUGAGGGACUCUGUAUGCACAAGGGAGCGGUAUGCUCGUGGAAUAUCGAACGGUACAAAAUUAAUCCUAGCAAACCGGAUAUGACUGUUGAGACAACCAAUUGUGUGACCGCACUCGCUUGUCAUCCCGAAAGGCCAGGAAUUGUAGCGGCUGGUCUUUAUAAUGGUGAAAUACUAGUUUGGGAUUUUCGUGAACAAGAUUCGUUGAUUGCUCGUGUUCUCGAACGACAAGAUCUACAUCGAGAUUCUAUCACAUCACUUCAAUGGAUUCGCGAACCGAAAUUAUCCAAAAAGAAGUUUAUUCUUGUCUCGACUAGUCAAGAUGGUCGCAUACUUCUGUGGAAUCCAUUGCCGAGUAAAAAUAAUUUGAAAUUAAGCGAUGCUUACUUUGUCUCGACAAAAAUCAGCAGCAACAGUAAAUCGUCAGGCAAACCAAUAGGAGUCAGCAGUAUAACAUUCAAUCUCGAAGAUUCAGAAACAUUUAUGUUUGGAUGUGAUUCAGGCCAAUUGUACAAAGGUUCACUCAAUUCAGUAACAGCUGUUCAAUCACGUGAAGAAGGUCUAGCUGAAAUGACUGUUCAACCUAAGAAUCCAAUAACUAUGAGUUAUCAAUCGCAUGAUAGUCCUAUCUAUUCGGUGAAUUUUUCACCAUUCAAUCGACAUUUGUUUCUUACAAGUGGUCAUGAUGGACAAGUUCGCAUUUAUUCACAACUAUUUCCAAACUAUGGACGUUGUUUUGCCGCAGCACAAGGCGCAAUCUUUUCUUGUCGCUGGUCGCCAUCUCGUCCAUUAGUUUUCGCAGCUGGAAGUGAACAUGGCGGAACGUUGAUCUAUGACCUAGAACCACAAGAAGGAGCACCUACUGGCCUUAUAUCGUCAGUGCCCGUGCAAGAAUUACCUUCAUCAGAUAAAGGAUCAUCAAUUACUUGUUUAGAAUUCAAUUAUAAAACACCGAAUAUUUUAGCAUGCGGAGAUAGUGCUGGUGCAGUCAUGAUAUGGAAAUUAGCGGAACGAUUCACUACAGCACAAAAUGAUGAAAUGGAAAAUUUACAGAUCCUAGCUAAAAGUUUUGGUGAUAGUUAA